UGACGUACUACCGUUCGCGAUAAAUCUACCCCCACCACCGAUAUACUCUCUCCUGUGAUUUUUUACUCAUUAACAGAAACUUGGUGCUGAAUGUGACGAAAAUUCGUCCGAGAAGAUAGCACACCUUGUUACUUACACCAUGGAAUUAAUGUAUUUUGACAAAGCUGAGGAAAUUAAUACUAAUGAUAUUGAUCCAACAAGGAUAUAUGAUGCAGAUUACCUCGGCAUCGAGGCCAAGCCAAAAAAAAAGAAUUUUUCUUCCUCGAGUAAAGACUUUGAUCUUGAGAAAUUUGAAAUUGACAUGGGUUGGAAGUCUUCAAAAAAAAUGUUUGAACCAACGGAAGAACUAAUGCAAAUAAGAAAAGAGGUAAAUCCAUUGGACAAAAUUUUGAAAAAGAGCGUUAUAACCCCCGAUUUCGAGAAAUUGCAUGUUGUACCGCCAUAUGAGUUGAGUAAACAUCAAUUGGAAGUGCGCAAACGACGUGAAAAACGAAAGAUGGGUACAGGUUCAGGAUGGUUUAACAUGCGAGCACCUAAAAUAACGCCUGAGAUUAGACAUGAUCUUGAAAUAUUACGAAUGAGAUCUGCGUUGGAUCCCAAACACUUUUACAAGAAAAACGACAUGAAAGUAUUGCCAAAACAUUUCCACGUUGGCAAGGUUGUCGAUUCUCCAAUGGACUUCUAUUCCUCACGUCUUACAAAGAAGGAACGUAAGAAAACGAUCGUUGACGAGCUUAUGGCAGAUGCAGAAUUCACAAAAUACAAUAAGCGGAAAUAUAAAGAGAUCAUUGAAGAGAAGAAAAAGACGCACUAUAAAGCACAUAAACACGCGAGAAGGCUCAAAGGAAAAAGGAAGUAAUUUAUCGCAUUUAUAUAGGAUAUUUUACACGCUUAAGAAAGGUACAAUUGCAAUCAUAGGAGUGUCUAUAAAACCAGGAAGUAUUGCAUUUACCCGGAUCCCAAAUCUAUAAAAUAUACAUAAUACAGUUAAUUUUCAUGUUAGCAAACUAAAUAAAUUAAUCAAAAUGUAUAUCUGAUACAUACUGUCCAAA